AAUCCUAUAUCUCAAUUCUCAUCUCUCUUGAAUCAAUCAAGUUUAGGGUUUAUCCAUGGCCAAUUCUUCAUUCUUGCUUGUCGUGAUGAUUUUGGUCACAGUUAGCAGCAGCGGUUGCUGCUACGGAACAACUUCUACAGAUAAAAAGAAGCCAUUUACUCCUCCCCCGCCGCCGAGGCCCCGGCCGCCGCCUUUUCCUUUUACAGAAUCAUUUGAAUAUUACGUGCAGGGCCUUGUUUAUUGCCAGACCAAUCCCAACAACAGAGGAAAUAACACCCUUUCUGGUGCCAAACCCCUUAAAGGUGCGGAUCUUCGAAUAAUUUGUACAGACCCAUAUCAACCGGUAGACCAAAAGGUAGUAUCGGGAGAAGGCGGGUACUUCCAAUUCCACACUUCAAGACCCGACCCGUACUUUGUGAAGACGGACUGCAAUGUGUAUCUGAUAAAGUCGCCGUCGCGUGAAUGUAGUAAACGGAGUAAUUUUAACGGCGGCAUCUCCGGUGCACCUCUGGUUCAAGGGAACCCCUUACCAAGUCCACCCGCUCCAAAGACCUUCCUUCUCCCUAAUGUCCUUUUUCAAACUGGUCCCUUCGCCUUUUCUAAAUCGCGAUAAUCUAUAUGUAAUAAUAAUAAUAAUAAUAAUAAUAAUAAACUCUAGUACUAAUUUCUAGUUGUUGCUGCUGUUAUAUUGUUGCCACUUGCAACUAUAACACCAAAAUAAAUUUGGAAUACUUUGAUUCGGCUUAUUUUAAGUAAUGUAUGUAUUUGUCUUAUUUUAUUUACAUUAUCCA